UGGGGAGAUAGGACCGCAACCAUGGAGCAGAGGAAGGGAUGGGCUCCUCCAAGGUCUGGGUGCUGCUGAUGAAGACGUUACGGGCUCUGCAAGCCCCAGGCUGAUGUUUUCUGUGGGCUUUGAUGCUGAAUGGGACAAAGGGCAGCUGCUGAAAGCAGGUCGGGGUGCAGGCUCCUCCAAAGCAGAGCUCCCCCUGUGGAACAGGCUCAUCGGCAUGAACAGGCUGCAGCGGGCUUCGCAUAAGCCUCACGCUUCGGGCAGUUUGCUGGGACUGGAGAGCGAAGAGGAGCCGCUUUUGGAAGCGGCUGACAGCAGCCCCGCGCCGCUGGAGCUGUGCGCAGAGCCCCGCGCCGCGCUCCCUGCCUACAGGUGGGCCCCGUCCUGCUGGGGGGCACCCCAAUACCCUGUCCCCCCGCUGUCAGCCCGCGGAGCAGGGCGGCGGCAUCCCCUCGCGGCACCAGGUGGCACUGUCAGCCUUCAAACCGUGCCGAGCCGGGCUAAGGCACCCGGGCUGCCGCGGACACGCGUGGGGCCACGCCGGGUGCCCGCUCCUGGCUGCGGGGAGCAGGGGACAGCAGGGAAGGGGCGCAUCGAGGGGCACGGGUGGAUGCACCUGGGCCACGCAGGCUUCAUGGCAUGCCUUGUGUGGCCGUGGAGGCAGGCUCAUUUCCCCCCGAAUUCUUGGCCGAAAUGGGACUCGCACCCCGCUGCGGUCAGCCCGCUGCGCAGCACGGAGCACCCACGCCUCCAUCCACCUCGGCACAGCCUGGUUGAACUGGCCAGGAUGUGA